CGGGCGCUCGCCCCCGCGGGGCUGCUGAGCAGCGCGAUGCAGGGCCCGGAGGCGCUGUUCCUGCGCUCCGCGGCGGGCUUGGGCUGAAAAAGUUUCUCCAUGGUUCCUUUGUGUCUCCCGAGAGCCCGAUCGCCGGCCCCGGGCUGCCCCAGUCUUCCCGGCAGGAGGAGGUGGAGGAGCAGCGAGCGGGCAGCUGGCGCUCCCCUCUGCACAAGCCUCCGCCCCAGGGGCUAGCCUUGAGCACUCCACCGGCUCGUCAUGAUUGCCACCGGCGGCCUGCUGAGGAUUUCCGCCAGAAAGCAGGAUCCCCUCCGUCCCCAGAGCCAGGUUCCCAAGCGCAAGCGGAAAGCCAAGAAGAGGCGCAAGAACGACGUGGUGGUGGUGAAAGGCAAACUGAAGCUGUGCUCUAUCUCCGGGCUCAUCGCCCUCUGUGGGAUCCUGGUGUUGCUGGUGGGCAUUGCCAUGGCGGUGGUGGGCUACUGGCCUAAGGCCAGUGGGGCCAAUAGGGAGGUGGGUAAGCAGCUGCCACCCGCGGGCGGUGGCCUCCGCGUCCCGACCACGAUCAAUAGCAGCAGAGGCAGCAAAAACCGGGCCAGGGGCCACCCUGGGACCACGGAGGCUGUCAACUCCAGUUCCGUGGGCGCGCCCAGAAGCACGCCUCCGGCGCGAUCCUCCGCCCCUUUUCCGUCCUCCUCCACGUCUGUGGGUUUCUUCUAUCGCAUCUUCUCUGGCUACCUGCACUCUGAUAAGCUCAAGGUCUUCGGGCCCCUCAUCAUGGGUAUCGGCAUCUUCCUGUUCAUCUGCGCCAAUGCGGUGCUCCAUGAGAACCGAGACAAGAAGACCAAGAUUAUCAACUUGCGCGACCUCUACUCUACGGUCAUCGACGUACACAGCCUCCGUGCCAAAGACCUGGCGGCCGCCGCCCCCUCCUCGUCCUCCGUCCCCGUCUCGGCGCCCCCCGGGGCCGUGCCACUCAACGGCUUUCUCAGCUACGUGCAGUCGCCGGCCCUGGAGCUGAAGCCUGGGAGCUGCGGCGGCGCCGGGGACCCCUUCGGGGCAACAGCGAUGCUAGCCCGGGGCUCGUGGUCCCACUCCGCGGCGCUGGGAGGGGUCGGCACCGCGUCCCCUCCCGACUUGGCCUCGUCCCCGCGCUGCCCGCGGGAGCCGCCGGGCCUGGCAGAGGCGGUGUACAGCAUCUAUAGCGAGCGCUCGGGCGUGGCCAGCCGUCGCCGGGCUGCCGCCGCCGCAGCCAGCCGCAGCGGCAGCCCGGCGCCCUGCAGCCCACCCGAGAGCUGGGGGCGCCAGAGCACUGCCAGCUCCCUUGUGGGCUCCUCGCUGAGCGCCUUAGCGCUGCUACCGUUGCAAGGGGACCGCAACGGAGAUGGGGACGCGGAGGGCGCAAGCUGCAGCUGGCAGAGGCCUCCUGGGGAACGCGGCUCUCGGGAGAUCCCGCGGGGCGAUCUCGACUUGAGCUUGACCGACCUGCGCUGUGACCAGGACGGUGCGCGCUGGGCGCGGGGAGAACUGGAGCACGACGGCGCGGCGGCGCCCGCACUCACCGCCAGGGGGCAGGGCGGCCGCCUGCCCAGGACCGGCAGGUACGCGGCCUUGCGGCGCCGCAGCACUAGCGGGCUCCCGGACUACCGGGCUCCGCUGUCCCCCGAGCCCCAGCCCCUCUCGCGCAGCGCGGACCAGGACUCGAACCUUCUGGCCAAAGCUGCCUCCCCCUCACCCCGUCAGCGGCUGGAGGACUCGCCCCCUGCCGGGCUGGAUUCGCCAAGCUCCCCGUCCCAUGACCCAUCCUGCGGCAAUAAGGGCUACACCCCUCUCCAGGAGGAAGGCACCUCCUUAGAGUCGGUUGUGGACGCAGUAGCCAGUAAAAGUCAAGACUGUGAGGUCGCCACCCCCUUUGGUGCGGAGGAGCAGAGCCCCCCGGAAGGUCCCGGCCAAGGGCCACCCACGGCCCAGCCACCUCAGCCGUUGCAGAGGCAGUUUACCAACAAGGAGAAACUCUUCAUGAUUUCCCGGUCUCAUGCCAAAGGGGUAGAGGAUGGAGAACUGGAAAGUACUGGCAUUUAAGGAAAAGGAGCGUGGUGAGGAAGGAGUGAGAAAAUAGGAGAAAUUCCCACUUAAAUCAGUGAAUUUAACAGAUUCCUCUUUCCUUGUAGACUUAUCCGAGGAAAUCAUCCAAUACCCAAAGAGCUGCAGAAUGUUAUCCUUGAAUUGCAUUCUCAAGAUUCCUGUAUAUAGCUCCAAGCAAUUUUUUUACAAAAGGCAAACUAGUCUUUUAUGUCCGAGGGUGAUUGUAUGUUCCAUGGAAACCAAAUGUAUAAAAGGUCAGCAAUCUAGUUCAUUAGAUAAAAUGCUCUUAAUUUUCUUAGAAUCAAAAUAAUAUAUUUUUUACAGUAACUGUGCACUUUACUCCAACUUUUUUUUUUCUUUUGAUCCCUAAUUUCCCUACCCCUGCACUCUGACGCUGGUUUCGUCCAUAGCUGCUUGUGAAUGACAAGCUUUUUUUCUCCUAUGCUUUUGCGGAGCAUAGAAGGAUUUGUCUCAGUUCUCUCAGAACUGCUGUUACUAAAUGAAGUCAAAGCCAAAAGCAUGAGUAUAUCAGGAAAGAGCACUUUCCUUGCCCACCCCACUCUGCUCAUCCAGCUGCUCAAAGGCCUCUUUAUUUUUUAAAAGGAUUUUAAAAAGGAUUUUGCUACCAGGGUAGCUAAUAGAGACAGAAGGGGGCCAACAUCUAGGUGGACUGUUACCUUCCUAAAUUCACUAUAUCAAGUAUACCAUACUUUAUUGAGUAUUAUCACACCUGUGUUGAAAAUAGCAUUAAUAUUUAAAAUCUUUUUUAAUAUAAGAAAUUUCCAAACAGUUAAAUAUAACAUCGCCUCAUUUUGCCUUGGAACUAAUGCUUCUAACACACCUUAAACAUUUAACAGAGCAACUGGUAAAUCUAAAAUAUUUUGCUAUGACACUGCUAGUAUGAUUGUAGUUAUUGUUCCCAAAGUGCUCAGGGCCAUCAUCACUCAACCAAUUUCCAGUAUAUUUUUAACUUUUUAAAUAUAGUUAAAGCACUAAUCAUUUGAGAGUUUAUCUUUCAAAUAGAAAGAAAUAUUAAAUAAAUAGUAAUUUUCUGUACUACUUCUAGUUUACCUCAAAGUAUUAAUUUACAGAGCACCAGGCUUAAUGUUCCCUUUUCAUCCUCUUGGAGUUGACUAUUUGCUUUUUGAUUUUAAGUUCAUGAUCUCUAAUCCAAGGCCUACAUAGGCUAAAGGUGAUGUUCUAAUAAUUUGGUAGAUUGUUUAUACUUGAUUUUAUUAAAACAGUGAGAUAAUUUUCAAGAACAAUUACACAAAUAAUGUACCAUUAUGAUGCCCUCUUCCUUUGAGUGUGAGCUGAGAUUAUUGGGACUGGUAUCACUUUUUUUUUGGCAUUUGGAUACAAGUUGUACAGGUGCACACAGCCAAGGCUCUCAUUGCAGGGGGUUAAAAUACUGAUUUUAAAGGAAAACUCAGUCAAAGAUGUGGUCAUAUUGAUCCCCAUGGGUGAAGCAGUUGGUCUAGCUUAAAGAGUGCAGAGUCAGGAGUGAGACUGGAACCCAGCUAUCAUCAUUUGCUAGCUGCGUAGCCUUGAACAAGUCACAAAUGCUGAGUCUCAGUCAUCCAAUCUAUAAAAUGGAAACAACUAGACAUACCUCAUAGAGCUAUGAAGUGGGGGACAGAAAGUUAUAUGUGCAAAGCUGAGCAGAGUACUUGGCUCAGAGGAUGUACUCAAUAAAUGGUGGUUAUUAUAAUUAUAAUUAUUAUAAUACGUUGUCUGAAUUCAUGCUGUAGAAGAGUGGGCCUUCCCUGAAUUUGAGCUCAAGAAAGCCUUGGCUAAAAUCUGAAAUAUCUACUUAUUAUCCCCAUAACCUUAAGCAAAUCACUUAAUCCCUCUGGGCCUCUGGUGGAUGAUGUAAUCUCUGUGAUUGCCUUCAGCUCAGAAAGCUUUACCUAAAUUCAGGGUAUUUGUUUUGUCC